AUGAGUUCCAACAAUCCUCCCAACCCAGAUUAUGACCUCAGCACACCCAUCCAAGAGGGCAGCAACACUGGCCUCCGCCAAGGCCUCACCUCAUACGGCGACGCGCACUUCUCGCUCUUCCUGCGUAAGGUCUUCAUAAAGGCCCUCGGCUACAGCGAGGAUGCGCUGUCCCGGCCCAUUGUCGGUGUCGUCAACACCCAGAGCGGCUUCAACCCGUGCCACGCCUCGGUGCCGCAGCUCAUAGACGCCGUGCGGCGCGGCGUGCAGCUGGCCGGCGGCCUCGCGGUUGACUUCCCGACCAUCAGCCUGCACGAGUCCUUCGCCAGCCCGACGAGCAUGUACCUGCGCAACCUGAUGAGCAUGGACACGGAGGAGAUGAUCCGCGCGCAGCCCUGCGACGCGGUGGUGCUGAUCGGCGGCUGCGACAAGACGACGCCCGCGCAGCUCAUGGGCGGUAUCUCGGCGAACAAGCCCAUCCUGCACCUGGUCACCGGGCCGAUGAUGCCGGGCAGUCACCGCGGCGUGCGCAUCGGCGCCUGCACGGACUGUCGAAACAACUGGGCAAAGUUCCGGGCCGGGGAGAUUGACAUGGAGGAUAUAUCGGCCAUCAACGAUGAGUUGGCUCCGACAGCUGGCACCUGUGGUGUCAUGGGCACCGCGAGCACAAUGGCAUGCAUCCUCGUUGCACUCGGCCUGAUGCCCUUUGCUGGCGCCUCAGCCCCGGCGGUGUCGUCGUCGCGACUGCGCAUCGCGGAGGAAACAGGCAAAUUCGCUGUAGCCGCCUGCAAAAAGGAAAACAACUUGCAGCCACAGGCACUUUUGUCGCGGGAGUCGUUUCUUAAUGCCAUCACGGUAUUGCAAGCCAUUGGAGGAUCGACAAAUGCGGUGGUGCAUCUGAUGGCUAUUAUCGGACGGCAUCCGACGGUCGCCGGGACGAUUACGCUCAAGACUGUGGAUGAGAUUGGACAAAAGACACCGCUGUUGGUGGACUUGAAGCCAAGCGGCGAGAACUACAUGACGGAUUUCCACAAUUCUGGCGGCAUGUUGGCUCUUCUUCACCAAGUGAAGCCGCUGCUCCAUCUCGAAGCCAGGACAUACACCGGCCAGACUCUCGGUGAAGAGCUUGCGCGAAUCACUCCGCUCUCCGUCCCCCAGGAGCUCAGCUGCAUUCAGCCCUUCUCCUCGCCGCUGUACCCUCGCUCCUCCCUCGUCAUCCUCACCGGCAACCUCGCUCCCGGCGGCGCCAUCAUAAAGGCCAGCGCCUCCAAGGAACGGCGCCUCCUGCAGCACCGCGGGCGCGCCGUCGUCUUCGCCGGCUCCGCGGACCUCGCGCGGCGCAUCGACGACCCGGACCUCGCGGUGACGCCCGACAGCGUGCUCGUGCUGCAGAACAUCGGCCCCGUCGGCAACCCAGGCAUGCCCGAGGCCGGCAUGAUCCCGAUCCCGCGCAAGCUGGCGGCGUGCGGCGUCGCGGACAUGCUGCGCAUGUCGGACGGGCGCAUGAGCGGCACCGCGGGCGGCACCAUCGCACUGCACAUCUCCCCCGAGGCGGACGACCCGUCGUCCGUGCUGGGCGUCGUGCGGACCGGCGAUUGGAUCGUGUGCGACGUGGAGAGGCGGCUGCUAGAGGUGGACAUUCCGGACGAGGAGAUUGCGCGGAGAAUCAGGGGGCGGGCAGGGACUCUGAAGGGGGCGGGCACGCCGUGGAACACGAGACACGAGACGCGGGGUUAUCGAGGCCUGUAUCUUCGAUCUGUGAAUCAAGCACAGUUCGGUGCUGAUUUCGAUUUUCUGACAGCCUCUGGUCCUGUAUAG